AUCCUAUGCCUUUACGUGUUUCUGCCGCAACUGACGAAUAUGAUUCUUGCUUGGGGAAAUUUAACUCGCAUGGUGGAAAACAUGGUUUCCGCAAACUACUGCUUGAUGGGAAUAUGCAAAUUAAUCAGUACUUGGUAUCACGGUGACAAGCUUCGCAUACUGAUGACAUCGGUCAUGACCGAUUGGAUGACUUCAAAGAAUGACCGGGAACGAAAUACAAUGUUAAAUAUUACGAGACGUGGCCGAAACUUAUCUCUUACAUGUUACAUGGGUUCGUUGAGCACAGUCCUGUUUUACUUAGUUUUUAAUUUUCUGAAGUUCUAUCGAAGUAUGCAUCAACCUGCACGGAGUCUCGUGUAUCGCAUUUCCUAUCCUUACUACAACAUGCAAAAGAGUCCAAACUACGAAAUUACUUUUGCGAUUCAACUUUUUGGCGGCAUAUCCACAGCCGCCGUCAAUAGUACCGUCGACAGUUUCGUUUCUAUACUCUUACUGCAUAUAUGCGCACAGCUGAUAAAUUUACGAUUGGCGCUCAGCAAUCUGGUCGACGAAUUAGCUAAAGGAUCUAUAUCCUCCUCGAGAUUUAAGAAAGGAUUAGCCGCGAUCACUAUGCGUCACGAACUUCUUAUCAGGAACGCCAAGACAGUUGACGACUGCUACAGCACAGUGUUAUUCAUACAUAUGGUGGCCGCUACUUUUCAGCUGUGUUUUGUAAGCUUUCAAGUCUGCACGAUGAUAAAAAAUCAUAUCGAUGUACCGUUUAGCAAAAUAGCAUUCCUCACGUUGUAUGUCUUUGUUGUCUUGACGCAUUUAUAUAUAUAUUGUUACUCUGCUGAAAGACUUUUAACGGAGAGCACCAGUUUGGUGUAUGGCAUGUAUGAAUGCAAGUGGUACGAUAUAUCGGCGAAAGACGUUAAGGACUUAAUGUUCAUUGUGUAUCGAUCUACAGUUCCACUUAAAUUAACAGCUGGAAAAUUCGGAACGUUUUCAUUAGAAAUGUUCGAAACAACAGUGAAAACGUCAAUGGGAUACGUAUCUGCAUUGCUGACAUUGACAGAUAAAACUGCAGGUGAAGCUCAUCGAAUAAUUGUAGAAAUUUAUGGUGAUAGUGCUCCUUUCGAUGAAACCUGCAGAAAAUGGUUUCGACGCUUUAAAAGCGGUGACUUUGAUGUGGAGGACAAAGAGCGUUCUGGACGGCCAAGAGUAUUCGAAGACGAAGAAUUGCAGGCAUUGGUCGACAAAGAUCCAUGGUCAAACGUCUACAAGGCAGGUAAAUGGAUUCCAUAUGAACUAAAGCCAAGAGACAUUGUAUCAACACUGGGGAUGAAAAAUGGAUUAAUUUUAACACCCCCAAACGUCGAAAAACGUCGAAAGUCGACGCCAAAGCGGAAUAUCCAUGGAAAGAAGGCAAUGCUCUGUAUUUGGUGGGAUCAGAAAGAUUUGAAUUACAUGUUUACCAUGUCUCGCCAAUGGCUAUGGGUAUUCGGCAUAUGGCCCAAUCCACAUAUUAUUUUGAGUGGUUAUUGUCGGCCAAGCAUACGAUUCAUUAUCGUUACGUGUACCAUAAGCCUCUACUUAUCCGCGCCUCAAAUGAUGAAUGUGAUCCGCGCUUGGGGUGACGUGACUCGAAUGGUGGAAACUUUUGCCGCCGCAAAUUACAGCUUGUUAGCAGUGUGCAAAUUGUUCGUUACUUGGUAUCACGGCAAAACACUUCGACGGCUGUUGGCAUCGAUCAUGGCCGAUUGGACGACUGCGAGCAACUGGGAACGAAAUACUAUGUUGAAGAUUGCGAAACGUGGCAGAAACUUAUCUCUUAGAUGCUACGUAGCCGCGACGGGUUUGAUUAUAUUUUCACUUUGUUUUUAUCUGUUGAAAUUCUUUAAAACUAUACACCAGCCUCAUCGGAGCCUCGCGUAUCGGAUGGAAAAUAUCCAAAAGACCCCUAUCUACGAAAUCACAUACAUUAUACAAAUGUUCGGCGGCGGAUAUACAGUCCUUGCUAACUACACCAUCGACAGCUUUGUCUCGAUACUUGUGCUGCACGUGUGCGCGCAACUGAUGAUCCUACGAAUGAUACUUAACAAUCUCGUCAACGAAUUAGGCAGCAAAUCUAUAUCUUCGUCGAAAUUCAGAGAAGGUUUAGCAGCGAUCGUCGUACGACAUCAGCAUCUCAUCAGGAACGCAAAGAUGAUCGACGAUUGCUACAGCUCAGUCUUAUUUGUGAACAUGUUACUCGUUACUUUUCAGAUGUGUUCUAUAACUUUUCAGAUUUUCACGAUAAUAACAGAUAAUUUGAAAAUGCCUGUCGUCAGAAUGAGUUUUCUCUCGUUUUAUAUCACUUGUAUGUUGACACACUUGUAUACAUAUUGCUAUGCAGCUGAAAGACUCAUAACGGAGAGCACCAAUAUGGCAUACGGUGUGUUUGAAUGCAAAUGGUACGAUCUACCAGCGAAAGACGCAAGAAGCUUAAUGUUCAUUGUAUAUCGAGCUAUGAGUCCUCUUAGAUUGACAGCUGGAAAAUUCGGGACCUUUUCAUUAGAGAUGUUCGGAACAAUUCUCAAAACAUCAAUGGGAUACUUAUCUGCUUUGCUAACAAUGAGAGAUUAAAGACUAUGGAGAUAACAAACAGAUUUCUGAACCAACAUUGCAUUUAACAGUUAAUUAGAAAAGAUGCUAUUUUUUGUUGGAUCUUGGUAGCAUAAUAAUAGCAUUUCUGUCUAAAUUUUCACUAAAUACUUUUUUCAAGUGAACUGCGCGCCGAUUAUUUAUCGGUCUCAAAGAAAUAUGAUUAUAAAUAACCAAAAUCUGACAGACCUGACCGAAAAUCACAUCUCCCCUAAUUGAAUGGAUUUCUUAUAAAUGACUAUCGAUUUUUGAAUAAUCAGAUUUAUAUGCACUGCUUGUAAUCACUUUUGAAUUAGAAAAAUACACAUUUCUGCGCAACAA